AUGAAGCCUCUCGGUCAUGCGACAAAGAACUUCGCGAUGCACUCUCGCGACACUACGUAUGUGAGCGACAAGCUCAGCGGUAUGGGUGGCUCUUUUGCGCUAGCCCAUCGGCAACGAAACAAAUCCAUUGACUCCAGCUCUCCUGCCUGCGCCGCAACCACCUCCGCCCGCCGACAUGCAACCGCGCGAGACCACAGCAUCCACAUUGGGCCGCAACACAACAUCAUCCACAUCGGGAGCCCCGGCCCGGACCAGGCCGAAAGCUCGUCACACUUAGAGAUCCUUCAGACGUUCGAAGUUGUGCGAGAAGAGCCUAACCGUUUCGGGAAGCCUGCAGGGCGUUUGUGCGAUGUCGGACACAAACUCGCCGCUCCGCAUCAUCAACAUGGCAAAAGGCCGCGGCUGCUGGUGAGAGCCGCUUUGCAGUGGUAUGACGCCGUGGGACUUGCCUGCUGUCGCCAGUUCGUCGGCGACCCAAGGCGGCAAAGCGGCGCUGCGGCGCACACGGCCGCGUUUCCGCGCAAAGGCGUUGCCGGCAGCACCCCCGAUGCAUGGAACGCGACAAAGUGCUUCACAUGGGAGUAA